UCAUACCCACACUCAGAAGUACACAGUAGCAUCGCCAUAGCAUCAUAGCGCCUUUGGAAGCCCUUGCACGACUCGCUAAGAAUUUCGGAGUCGACGCUGAUGGCCAUGGCAACCACCAUGCAAUCCACCCUUGCAACAGCUAUGACACGCGUAGCCAACAGAACCAGAGAUCUCCAGGUCGUCCCUCCCAGGUCGGUGCUACGUCUUCAAAGGAGUGCUGUGCAGGUGCGGUGCACCAAGGAGGAUGGCCAAAGCGAACGGCCACCACCUGUCACCACCAACCCCCAGCAGCCACCCUCACUCUCACAGUCACGUCAACCGAUCCCUCCUCCUCCUCCUCCUCCUGCGCCCAAGGUGAGCACCAAAUUUGGGGAUGUGUUCGCGUUUAGUGGGCCGGCACCGGAGAGGAUCAACGGCAGGCUUGCCAUGGUAGGCUUUGUUGCGGCAAUGGGUGCGGAAAUAUGGAAGGGUGAGGAUGUGUUUGCUCAGAUAUCCAACGGUGGGAUUCCAUGGUUCCUGGGAACCGCUGUUGUAUUCUCACUAGCUUCUCUGAUUCCCUUGUUCAAAGGUGUGAGCGUGGAGUCCAAAUCGAAGGGGUUGAUGACUUCUGAUGCGGAGAUGUGGAAUGGGAGGUUUGCCAUGUUGGGUCUGGUUGCACUCGCCUUCACUGAAUAUCUUAAAGGUGGUGCUCUUGUCUAGCUCUCAACCCCCGCGUUUGCCAUCUGUUUUGGCUCACAUCUUUAAUGUAAAUUCAGGAUACUUCAAUGUAAUGGAAAAUUUGGUAUCUUGACUUAAUAUACUCCAAAGUUUUUUCUCCUAAAA